CUCGCGGGCGAUGUCGCAGUGGCUGGGCGGCCGGAUUAGAUGUUGAGCUGCCAAGGGCAAGGGACAGGCCACUCUUGCGCUGCAAGCCAUGAUUGGACCGCUGCGUCAGUGGCCCCUCCCCCACAUUUCAGACCCUCGAGGUCUAACAUCCCAACUGUCAGCCGCCAACUUAGCUCCUCGGCCUCCACAAUCAGCCGGGCCUGCACAAAACACCACGCCGGUCCAGCUUCUGCACGGCACUUUCCAUCACGACUGCCUCGUCGACAGCCAGCCAUUGACUCACCGCCAUGGCUCCCACCGCCCUCAAAUACCCCUGACAGAUUCCAGCUGCCUCUGACCCCUCUGGCAAUCCUUCUUCUUUUCCUUCGUCGUCCCUCUUCUCCUACAACACCACCGCCACAGCCAUACACAAUGUUUGGAGUUGCCUUCCGCCGGAUACUGGCUCCGGCCUGCCGCUCUCGAUGGGCCGUGGCAGCAGCACCACCACCAUCAUCCCUUUCCAAAAUCUCUCCCCGCCAACACCUUGCCGCCGCCGCGGCCUAUUCAUCCUCCUGCAGCAGCAGUAGCAGCACGCCCACCCGCAAGUCCCGCGAGAUGAUCCCCUCCUCGUCGAUCCGCAUCCUCCGCUCCGUCGAGUCGGUCCGCCGCUGGCGCAAGCCGCACAUGCUCGACCACCGCAUCGUCGGGCUCGUGCCGACCAUGGGCGCCCUGCACGAGGGCCACCUGAGCCUCAUCCGCGCCGCCGCCCGCGAGGCCCACCACGUCGUCGUCAGCAUCUACGUCAACCCGGCCCAGUUCGGCAUCAAGGAAGACCUCGCCUCGUACCCGGUGACCUGGGACUCGGACUGCAAGAUCCUCGCAGACCUCGAUCGCCAGCUCGCCGACGACGGCGGCAACCUCGGCCGCAUCAGCGCAGUCUUCGCCCCGACCACCGCGGACAUGUACCCCUCCGGCUUCCCCGGCCAGGAGGUCGGCUCCAAGGGCAGCUUCGUCACAAUCACCCCCGUCGGCGAGGUCCUCGAGGGCGCCAGCCGCCCCACCUUCUUCCGCGGCGUGGCGACCGUGUGCAUGAAGCUGUUCAACAUUGUCCAGCCGGAGCGCGUCUACUUUGGCCAGAAGGACGUCCAGCAGACCGUCGUCAUCCGCAACAUGGUCCGCGACUUCAUGCUGCCCACCGAGGUCGUCGUGCGCCCGACGAGCCGCGAGCCCGACGGCCUCGCGCUGAGCUCGCGCAACGUGUACCUCGGCGCGCGGCGGCGCAAGGUCGCGACGGUGCUCAACCGCGCUCUCAGGGCCGCGGAGGCGCAGCACGCUACGCAGGGGGCACUCGACCGCCGGUCAAUACUGGGCGCGGCGAACAAAGUCGCCGAGGAGGUUCUGGCGGAGCAGAUGGCCCUGGCACCCGAAGAGAGAGUAAGGUUUGAGGUUGAUUACAUCUCGCUCGCGGACCCGGGCACCAUGAUGGAGCUAGAGAAGGUCGACCCAGAGAAGGGAGGCAUUCUCAGCGGCGCUGUCAAGAUGUUGCCUGUCGAGGCACCCCAGUCCGGGGAGGAUCUCGGCCACAGUGGCGGUCCGGCCGUCAGGCUGAUUGAUAACAUCAUUCUGAAACCGUCGAGCACAAGGUGAUCUGGAGGUCUCCCAUAUUUUGUCCCAAGUACGAGCGAUUGAGAAAUAUAUCGCAGGUCAAGAUUACUCGCGCCGCCAGACGAGAGUUGGUAACAUCACAAAAACAUGUAACAUUUCACAAAGGCUUCCGUUCAGAUAGAGAUAAUGAAUAGAUACCAAUAUCAAGGCACCG